GGGCAGGGCGGGGCUGGGCGGGGCUGCAGUGCUGCAGCCGCUGUCCGGACACCAUCAGGUUGACUGUUUAAGCCGCCGCCGGGUCCCGUAGACGAUCACCCCGCAGAAUGGAGGAUCAAGAACUAAAAGAACCAGAGCAGGUUCGCAAACUGUUCAUCGGUGGAUUGAGUUUUGAAACGAAUGAAGAGAGUUUAAGAGAGCAUUUUGAGCAAUGGGGACAGUUAACAGAUUGUGUGGUGAUGAGAGAACCACAAGCAAAGCGUUCAAGGGGAUUUGGGUUUGUGACUUACUCCAAUGUAUUGGAAGUGGAUGCUGCCAUGGCUGCUCGACCACACAAGGUCGAUGGCCGUGUUGUAGAACCAAAAAGAGCAGUGUCAAGAGAGGAGUCAACAAAACCUGGUGCUCAUUUAACAGUGAAGAAAAUAUUUGUUGGUGGCAUCAAAGAAGAUACUGAAGAAUACCAUCUAAGAGAUUACUUUGAAAAGUAUGGCAAAAUUGAAAAUAUUGAAGUUAUGACAGAUCGUGGAAGUGGGAAAAAACGAGGGUUUGCGUUUGUCACAUUUGAUGAUCACGACUCAGUUGACAAAAUUGUUGUCCAGAAGUACCAUACUAUAAAUGGCCAUAACUGCGAAGUGAGGAAAGCACUUUCACGACAAGAGAUGCAGGGACUGGGCUCUGGUCAAAGAGGACGCAGUUCUAGUGGUGGCAGCAGCCCUGGUAAUUUCAUGAACCGCGCGGGAAAUUUUGGCAGUGGAAAUGGAGGAGGAAAUUAUAAUCGAGGUGGAAAUUUCAGUGGCAGAGGGGUAGGAAACUAUGGAGAUGGCAGGGAUGAUUAUGGAAGUGGUGGCGGUGGAUAUAAUGGAUUUGGUGAUGGUGGCAAUUUUGGAGAUGGCCAUGGUUACUGUGGUAGAGGAGGAGGAGGAGGAGGAGGAUAUGGCGGUGGUGGCCCGGGUUUUGGUGACCAAGGAGGUGGUGGUGGUGGAGGAGGAUAUGGUGGUGGUGGCUACGACAACCACAAUGAAAGUGGAAACUUUGGUGGAGGUAAUUUUGGUGGUAGUGGAGGUGGGAACUACAAUGACUUUGGAAACUAUUCUAACCAAUCCGCAAAUUACGGACCCAUGAGGAAUAGCAAUUUUGGGCGUAAUUCUGCUCCCUAUGGUGGUGGUUAUACCUCUGGUGGUGGAAGUGGUGGAAGUGGUGGCUAUGGUAGGAGAUACUGAACACAUUUUACCGAAAGGCAACAUUUCUUAGCAGGAGAGGAUGAGCCAGGAGUUGUCAGGAAAGCUGCAGGUUACUUUGAGACAGAAUAUCGACCAAGUUCAUUGUAAAGGCUGCCCACAGGAAGAGCGAUGGUCCGGUAGUCAGAGAAGUCACUGCAGCAUUAACAUUUCUUGUUCAGGACUGUUUCCUGUAGAAAGAUUGCAAAAAGUGCAGUUGUUUGUUGCAAUAUAGUUGCUGUUGGAUGUAAAUUCUGAGGUUUUUUUUUAACUGUGUUCUAGCAAUGUCUUUAUUUUCCUCAUUACUAUAGCUGUUGAGCCAUGUAUUUUGUGGUGGCCAAAUUGGGAAUAAAAAGGAUAAGAAUUUUUUAACUAAAUGAUCUGUGUAGUCAGUUUUUCCUUGAUUGUAAAUCAAGACAGGUGCUCUUUAAUUUUUAGCAGUGUCAAUACGAAAGGUUACUGGAAAUUUUAGCCAAAGUCUACUAAACUUUAAGGGCAAAGUGAUGUGUUAAUAUGAUCUUGAAAUUUCAAAUCAAUUGAGCCACUCUAUCUGUGCUAUUGGUGUUCUUUUAUAAAGAAGAAGGCUGGCUAAUAAAUACUUUGUCAUUUGAAAUAAUGUGAUAAACAAUGUGCUGAAAAUUGCAGUUCAAAAUAUUUCCUAAUUGGGAGGUAUUUGUCUGAUCCAGUUAGGUUUUUUUAUUCACAUUAACAAGACAAACUAUACAUGAAUUUGAAUCAUUGGUGGAACACAAGUCCACAAAUAACUUGUGUAGUUUUUGAUUAUCAGACACAAAUGUAAAUUACUUCUUGGAUGCAAAGUUUUUUUUUUUUAAGUCGGAUAGGACACUUUUCUUUACCAGCAAUGUAAAAUCUGCCUGCCUUUGCCUAAUAAUGCAGGAAAUUCCUAUGGAAGCAUGGGGUACAGUUAUUGUAUCCCAUGGAAUUAAGAAAUGGUGCUGCAUUGUUGUAAUAAAUCUUGAGUGAGUUGCAUUAAAUGGCAAGAAUAUUUUUAUUCUUGUAUUUCAUACCAUA